ACAAAUGGUCAUUUGACCAAUAAUACGUCACUUAGCACAGCUUCUCGAUCCUUUGCGUAUUGCCAUCUUCAAUUUUGUCUGAACCAGAACACCAUCGUCCAUUGAUGGCCGGUAAUUGUCGAAACGGUGCCGGUCGCUACUUAAAUGCACUCGACCCCGGCACCACAGCCGACGGCACUCUUUCGCCGUAUAGAGUAGAGUAGUUCCAGUCCAACAUCCAAGUCCAAACAGCACGACCGCGAGAGCGGUUGAUCAAUCCGGAGAUCCGAUUCGAUCGGAUCUGGCAGAGGCGCGCGGCGAUCCGUCCUUAUUCGAUGGGGGUGGCGGCCAUGGCCGCCUUCAUGGGAGUCCGAGACGCCAUAUCAACGGGCGCCGGCGGAGUGGCUGCAUCGGUGGCGAUGGCAGCUGGUGGAUCUCCGGACGCUGCUCUGAACUUCGGCGACGGUGCCGUCCUUCCCUACUCGCUGGCCAAGGUGAAGGCUGCCCCUAGGGGCCGCGCAUCCUCGUGGUCCUCCCUUCUCCUCCUCCUCGGCCGCACUCGGAAGCUCGCCAAGGUCCGGCUCCUCCUCGCCGCCGGUGUCCUGCUCGCCCUCGUCCUCCUUGCUAGCCCGGUGGGGCCUCUCAUUGGGUGGAAUCACCAGCCGUCUCCGUCCGCCUCCUCGCCCUCCAGGGAUGGCUACAUGGUGCUUAUUAACACUUGGAGGCGCAAUUCUCUUCUCAAGAAAGCUGUGGCGCAUUAUGCAUCGUGUCCAAAAACUGAUGCAAUACAUGUAGUUUGGAGUGAGAAUGACCCACCACCAGAGAGCCUUAAAACCUAUCUCAGAAAUAUUAUAAUGUCACGGUCCAGGAACUCACAAAAGCCUAAACUCCAAUUCGACUUGAAUGAGGAGGAUAAUUUGAAUAAUAGAUUUAAGCCAAUUAACGGUUUAACAAAUGAUGCAAUAUUUUCUGUUGAUGAUGAUCUAUUAGUUCCUUGCUCUACACUGGAAUUUGCAUUCACAGUUUGGCAAACUACCCCAGACACGAUGGUUGGUUUUGUUCCUCGCAUGCACUGGUUGGAUGAGGAGAAGAACGGUGUGGUUUAUUACAAAUAUGGUGGCUGGUGGUCAGUAUGGUGGACAGGCACUUAUAGUAUGGUUCUUUCAAAAGCAGCAUUUUUCCAUCGGAAGUACUUGGAUAUGUAUACUUACAAGAUGCCAUCAACAAUUCACGAUUAUGUAACAAGAGAAAGGAAUUGUGAGGACAUUGCAAUGUCACUACUUGUUGCUAAUGUCACUCAGGCUCCUCCCAUCUGGGUCAAAGGAAAGAUACAUGAGAUUGGUAGCUAUGGUAUUAGCAGUUUGGCAGGCCAUAACAAAAGGAGGAAUAACUGCCUCAAUGACUUCAUUUCCCUUUACGGAGCUGUUCCUUUAGUUUCAACCAACAUAAAGGCUGUAGAUGCACAAGAAGAAUGGUUCUGGUAAACGAAAGGUCAUCCUCUGAAACUGCAUUUAUCAACAUGCAAGUAGACAAUCACCCAUGUCCUGUUUCAAUUCUGUUUAUCUUCUUGCUUGGUCUCUGUGGUGAGGACCUAACAUCUGCAGAUUUUGCCACUGAAUUCUUUCUUCAUUUUAAAUGUCCUGAUCUUCUUACCUUGAGAGCAUGGUAGGAACACUUCAUUCUUUUUGCCAAAGCUGUGUUAGCAGACAUUUGUUAUACCUAAACAAUGUUUACGAGAGUUAUGAAACAACCACUGAAUUUGAAUUUAGUGACACAAACACUUUAUUUCUAUAUUCCUUGGCAUUGAAAAUUUACUCUAGUGAAUUUACAUUGGUCAUUUUUUUCAAGGAUUGAAUUGAUCUCUGAAACCAUGCUUUAGCACAUCUUGAAAUUGGAGUGGAGAAAGAAAUAGCUCAGAGAAGCUUGAUAUUAAAAUGUGGAUUAUCAGAUGUUAUAUUAAUUAAUAAUCAUAGUGAACACCUAAUCCUUAGAACAUGACCUUUUGGAUCUUGCCUUGAUCAAACAAUAUCAGUAUAUUGUAAUCUCAUCCUUCCAUCAACAUAAUGCAUAUUAGAAGAAGAUAUCACUAUAUUUUUAACAUGUUCAAGCAUUACACAUAAAUGUCUAGAAACAUGAAAAAGCAAGUCAGCAAAACUUGACAAGAAAUCAGCCAUAGAUGAGAAACAUGGAGAUUGUUUACUACAGUGAAGUAAAUACAAAUAUACUGUUAGAGAGAGAGAGAGAGAGAGAGAGAGAGAGAGAUUAAUGGGGAAUUCUCUCUCAAAUCUGUAGGUUAACAGGAAUGAUUGUCUAUAUAGCUACCCCCAGUCUAAACCUUUGUUCUUGUGGUGGUAAGGUCAUUGCCACUAAUGAUUAUUGCUUUAGCUAAUGUCGACCUGAGGAACAAAACCUGGGAAAUGCGAAUGUUAUAAUAUAUUCUAUGGUGAUGUAUAACUUUGCUAUUGAUUGCAAUGGGUUCUUAGAACCUAAUGCUUAUUGUGCAGGGAUAGGGUAUGUUAUCAUGGAUAAACAAGGAAUCGUUGCUGCUGGUUGUCCUCCUUGCUGUGUGCUUAGUGUCAAAGCAAAGCAGUUUCUGAAGGACUCAGGAGAGCCAGAAUUGAUGGCCUGAAGAAUCUGUGAGAUCGGAUGCAUUGUAAGUGAUGAACUGACUCAAUGGAAAAGUGGAAUUCAUUGAAGCCACUAGAAGUUCGAUAGUUGAAGACGUUUGAAAUUUGAUAUAUGUUAACAAGAAUGUAACUAUUUUGGUUCACAACUUUUUGCAAAAUUUGGUAGAACGGAACCAUUAUUGGCUGUUGAAAUCAGCUUGCUUUUGGUAUCUGGAAACAUUUCUUUGUCCCUAUAUCGGACGGUUGAU